CGUGCAAUUGUUUCACUCUCCUCUGAUAUGCAAUGUCUCACCAUCACAUGAAGAAGACGCUUGGAUUGUCCCUUAACCAAAGAAACACACAACUCUGAAUGCAAUCUUACUGGAUAAUAAACAUUUAUUUCUAGACUUUUGCUACUUCUCUUGUGUUUAAGAAGGAGUUUUUAUUUAUUUUUUAUUUUUUUAAACUUUGGAAGUACUUCUGCUGACAGUUCAGCUGCGUGCAGUGGUUCCAGCUGCUCAGGAGCGAUGUCAUCUCUACCUUCUCACAACAAAGAUCCGUCACGCAUCAGAAAACAACUUUCUGACUCUUGUCCAGCUUCAUCUACUGCCACCACCAAGAGCCUGAGGCACGAGAGACUAUCUAGAUUAGGCUCAUCUGGAUCAUCUGAUGUCUCCAAUGAUACAUCAACAAACCACGCUGAGUCCUACUUUUUAAGAAGAGAGAACAGGUUGUCUGCAAGGAAAAAGGCAGAAGAAGAGAUAGCGAAUAAUGACUAUAAAAAAAUGUAUGAAAAGGCACUGGCAACAAAUCAAAGGCUCAAGUCCCGAUUGGAGACGAGUAAACAGGAACUCACCAUGAUUCAAGACCAGCUGGAGAGAGCACAGAAGGGGGGACAGAAUGAGUGUGGUGCCAACGUACUAGAAGCAGAAAAAAAGGAAAGUUGGAGCCUUAAAAAGAGGAUAUCAGAUAUGGAAGAACAGUUGAAGAUUAAAGCAGAACUUAAGACAGAAAACCAGAGACUGAAGGAUGAGAAUGGGGCUUUAAUCCGUGUCAUCACUAAACUCUCCAAGUGAGAAGGGAAGCAAAAGGAAGGGAAGAAGAAGGAAGGCUUCAAGAAGUCAUACUUAUAUCUGUGUUCUUUGUGCUUCUGAACACAUAAGUCCAUCCUCUGGGGAAA